CUUUGUGUGUGUUACAUACACAUCAUGACGUUUCGCCUCUCCUCCUCUCCUCGAGCUUAGCCACAUCAUCCUGCACUAUAAACCUGAGAUGGGCUCACACCUUCCGCUUACUGCAUCGCAACAAUGGCUUUCCUAACCGGCUGGGCUGCAACCUGGGUUGUCGGAGUCGUCCUGGUUGCUCUGUUCCUGCAGUCGGCCCUCAGAAAAAGUGGCAUCACGAGAGGUGGGGCUCCCCUGAGGACACCUCCCAACACGUUGCCCCUUGUCGGCAACGGCAUCUUGUUUCUGCAGGCCCGCCAGAAGCUCUUCUCGUGGUUCGCAAAGUGCGAGCGCAUCUUUGGCCACGAGACCUUUGAGUUGUAUGUCCCCAGCCUGCCCCCGGGCGUGGUCAUCAACGACCCUGUCAAUCUAGACCAUGUCUUCAAGAACGAAGCCAUUUUCUCAAAGGGCGAUUUUGUCAAGAAGCCCCUGUGGGACCUUUUCGGCCACGGCAUCAUCAACUCCGAUGGCGAGCUGUGGAAGAUCCAGCGCAGGGCCGGCCUGGCCUUCCUCAACACCAAGAACCUGCAGGUCCUCACCGAUGUCGCCCUGCCGCAGUACCUGGCCCAGAGCGUCGAGUUCCUCAAGUCGAGGUCUCGCGACGUGCGGGAGGCCGACCUGCAGUCCGUGUUCCAUGAGAUCACCACCCAGCUGAUGGGCAAGCUGGCCUAUAACAUGGAGAUGCACGCCGACGAUGACUUCACCCUCGCCUUUGACUACGCCUCAGGCGCCGCUGCAGAAAGGGUGCAGAACCCGCUCUGGCGCGCCACCGAGGUUUUCUUCGGCGCCAGGUUGCGCAAGUCGAUUUCCAUCGUAAAGACGUACGGCAAGCAGAUCGUAGACAAUGCCAUACGGGACCGUGAACGUGCCGCCGCAAAGGGGACGUCCCCCGGCCGUCCCAGCGCCGCAGACAGCGACGAGAAGCUCGACAAGAUCUCUGGGAGCCUGAUCCAGUCGUUGCUCGACGCCAUCGGGGACCGUGGGAUAGUCGCAGAUUCUGCUCUUAAUUAUUUAUCCGCAGGUAUCUUGGCUCACCCUCCUCACGGACUCCAGCAAGAACCCGAUGCUAACCAACACGCCCAAACCCAUCCAGGUAGGGACACCACCGCGCAGGCAUUGACGUGGACAUUCCACCUGCUCAUGCACCACCGCUACACCCUGGCCAAGAUCCGCCAGGAGGUCCAGCAGGCCCUCGAGACGCAGCGUGGCGGCGCCUCCUCGUCAUCCUCCUCCUCCUUGUCGUCGUCUGCGGCGGAUACUACGCCCACCCUCCCCGUGGACCCGACCCUCUUCACGCCGGCCUCGAUGCCCUACACCCUCGCCAUAUUCAACGAGUCCCUGCGCCUGUACCCGCCCAUCCCCUUCGAGAUCAAGCAGGCCAUGUCCCCCACGACCCUGCCCGACGGGACCUUCCUGCCCGCGGGAGCGGUCGUGGUCUGGUGCCCCUGGGCCAUGAACCGCUCGCGGCUGACCUGGGGCGAGGACGCGGACGAGUUCAGGCCCGAGAGGUGGCUGGUGGCUGGCGGCGGCGGCGACAAGGCAGCAGCGGUGAUGCAGAGGAGCGCGAGCGAGUUCCCCGUGUUCAACGGCGGGGCGCGCCUGUGCCUGGGCAAGAGGAUGGCGGAGCUCAUCGCGGUGCAGGUCAUCGCCACCGUGGCGUGGACGUUUGAGUUCGUGCCUGCGUACGAGGGCCGCGAGAGGAAGAGUAAGAGCAGCCUCACGCUGCCCAUGGACGGCGGCCUGCCGGUCUUUGUUAAGGUGAGAUCUCGAGGGGGGCGGGAUGACGAUGGUCUUGUGCCAUGAUGCCUUCUCGUUGUCGAUACUUAGUGAUCCAUCUGUCUGCUUGAACUACACUACCUGCGAUUCUAAUUUGGGUCAUGGUGGUGGCCCGAAUGAGAAUGAUAUCAAAGUACGAAUUAACAUGUGA